CAUUAGCUAAACUGCAACAUGGCCAAGAAAUUAACGUUAAGCUAACAUCAGGUAGCUAGCUCAACAGUCAGUUUUCAGUGAGAUGACGGCUUAACGUUGCGUUGGAAAAUGCUGAAAGGAUCCAAACUGCGCAACGUGUCUGUUGUCACAGUUAUUGUAAUAAUUGUGUUAUAUUUGAAUGCGCCCAAUUAUGCGAUUGAAGUUUUUAUUUUGAGCGGUUUCACCGGAAGCCCUGUACGUGACUCUGGCUGACUUGACGCAGGCUGUCUUUCCACAGACCGCAACAGGAGCGAUACUAGAGAGCAGCAACUGGUUCGUUCGCCUCGCCGGUGCUGCUGCUGCUGCGGGUGCUACAACACCUACAACCGACGGAGGAGAACGGGCUGACCGACACAAUUCACGUGUAAUCUCGGUGGAAUAACGCGCGUUGAGCUGCUUUUACACCUUUUUAUAGGCUUUACAAUACUUGGAGAGCAGAUCUUCUUCGCCAAUGGCAAGUCCGGUUGCAGACAUAGGACAGUCUCAUCAGCAUCACCCUGUGACCGACUCGGCCGCAGACUCAGCGUUUCAGGAGGCGCAGACAUGGAUAGAGGCUGCGACAGGGCGAUGCUUUGGUGACAAGGACUUCAGAGGGGGUUUGGAGAACGGGAUUUUGCUAUGCGAGUUGUUGAGCUCUAUUAAACCCGGCCUGGUGAAGAAAAUCAACAGACUUCCGACACCCAUAGCUGGCCUGGACAACCUCAGUGUGUUUCUGCGUGGCUGUGAAGAGUUGGGACUGAAAGGCUCCCAGCUGUUUGACCCUGGAGACCUGCAGGACACGUCGACACGCCCCACUGCCAAGGGAAGUGACUGCAGCCGAAAGCUCAAGAAUGUUCUAAUCACCAUCUACUGGUUGGGUUGUGCUGCCAACAGCUGUACCUCCUACAACGGUCCCACGCUGGACCUGAAAGAGUUUGAGGCCCUGCUGUCACAGAUGCGAAAGGAGGCAGAGGAGGCAGAGAGCCCUAAACGCAGCAUCCGGGACAGUGGCUACAUCGACUGCUGGGACUCUGAGCGCAGCGACUCUCUCUCCCCACCACGCCACGGCCGCGAGGACUCCUUCGACAGUCUGGACUCCUUCGGCUCACGCUCACGACAGACCCCAUCGCCGGACGUCCUGGUCGCCCGCGGCAGCAGUGAUGGCCGCGGCAGUGACUCAGAGUCCGACGGUCCCCCCCACAGAAAGAUACCGGACAUCCGCAAGGAUGACAUGUUGGCACGGCGGACGUCCAUCAGCGAACCACGAACAGCCAUGCCUUUCAACCAGUACCUGCCCAACAAGAGCAACCAGAGUGGAUAUUUGCCCACUCCACUCCGCAAGAAGAAGAACGAUAAAGAAGAGGGAGCACGCAAGAGUUGGAGUACUGCAACUUCCCCUGUAGGGGGAGACAGACCACUCAGUUCAAAUGAGCUCCCUAGCUUAGACGAUCCACCUGGAGAGUCCCCCAGCUCGUCCCCUACCCCGUCCCUCGAACCCCAGAUACAGAUUCAGAAGAAGAACCAGACUAAAAAGGACGAUGAGGAAGGGAAGCAGACUGCCUCUACACUUUGCAUUGAGAUCCAUGCAGCAGGCUUGAGGAGGAGCAGUGAGCCUCUGCCAUGUAGAGUCCCCCAACCCUGUGCAGAGCCCCCCAUGGUGAACGUAACUCACCUGAUCAUCACCUCUGAGCAAAGUACUCCAGCUCGCUCGUGCUCAGAGGAACUCUUCCACCAUUCCACGACUCUAGCAGCAAACGCUGCAGCAACCCCCGCGGUUGCAGCAAGCCCCGUCAUCACCUCCGGAAAGCAUCCACCUGUGACGGAGCAGGAGGAGGCGGCUGUGGCGAAGGGAGCCACUGGUGUCCCGUUAGUCGCAGAACGAGAUGAGAAGCUGGCUCGCCAAAUGCUGAUCUCUCCCAAACACACCACCACUCCGAGUCCCCCCCACUUCCUUCCUGUGCCCACUACCAUGGCAACUGCUGCAACAGCAACAACUGAUACAGGCCGACGGAAGGGAAGGGCGCUGAGUGAAAGUGACAACCCACAAGGAGGGAACUCUUGGUUGGCCAGCAGUCUUCCAACAACAUUCAGCCGCACACAUAGUGUGUCAGAUGAUCCACAGAGUCUAAGUAUGAUCGAUAUGCGUGGUGAGGAGGAGGCCAUCUUGCAGCCCCACAGUCAGGUGCGUCAUGAACUGAUGCACAACCAGUAUAACAGGAUGAAGGAAGAGGACGAUCACUGGCAGGAUGACCUGGCCCGAUGGAAAAAUCGGAGGAGGAGUAUUUCCCAGGACCUAAUCAAGAAGGAGGAGGAGAGGAAGAUGAUGGAGCAACUGCUGUCAGGAGAAUCCUGUACCUCCAUGAGGAGGAGAAGCAUCAAGACUUACAGAGAGAUAGUGCAGGACAAGGAGCGUCGUGAGGAUGAGCUGCGGGACGCGUACAGGAAAGCCAGAACCCCAGAGGAGGCAUCAUUCAUCCUCCAGCGUUAUGCCCAACGUUUCUCCAUCAGUGAUGCAGUCCUGGAACGCCUACAGUUGCCAAAGAUCCUGGACCGCAGUAUAUCUGCUGAUCCCUCCUUUUCCGGCUCACCCUUCCCUCUCUCCCUGUCCGCCUCCCCAACGGCCCCAGACCCCUUCGACGUGGACCCCAAUGGACCCCUGAAGUAUCUACGCCAGCUGUCUGCCCCGGCUCCGAAGUUCACGUCUACACUGGAAGCGCAAAUCGAGGAGUUUCCCAAAGACUCCUCACACCAGCGGCCUCAGAUUCGAUCUCGCUCCUCUGAGCCGCCAUCCACCAGAAACCUGUCGCCCAAAACGGUGCCUUUGCUGACGCCCAAGCCUUACAUCCAGUCCGGACCCACAACGGCUGACCCGCCCAGCAAGGCGAAUGGUUUUCUCCGAGUCAACGGCAUAGGAAGUGACGACGUUCCUUCCACGCCUGACGGUCAAGCAAGGGAAUCUCCUCCUCAUUUUGAGGCAUCCCCUUCCAAAACCAGCAACAGCACUGUAGAUGCUCCGUCGUCAGCAGCCUCACCAACAUGCAGUCCACACCCCUCAACCAGAGAAGAAAGCCCCAUGUCAACAAAGGCCAAGGAGGCACAAAGUGGCACAGAACCGGCUUCUAAGGACGUCCAAGCAGAGAAAGUCAUUCAGCAUUCGACACCACCCAGCCGGCCCACCUCGCUGCCAUCGGAGCUGCAGAAGCCAGAAGAAAGCUUCGGGAAGACUGAAAGCCAGUCAGUAGCUGCUCCAGAGGAGAAGAAGUCAAGUGCUGCAGCUCAACAAAUGCCUCCUGCAGAAGCCAAACAAGAACAACAUAUAACCAAACCAUCUGGUCAAAGAUUCUCCAACCUUGUCCAGUCAGAGAUCAGCACACAGCAAAGUCAGCCAGUAACUUUACAGGCAAGUGUUCCCAUUUCCCAGGAGUUGCCACAGAGAAGAGAGAAUGUACCAAGCUUAGCUGCACCAGGAUCAUUUGAAUAUCACCCACCAAGGGAAACGACAGCAGAGUUUGCAAACAGUGUCAGGUCUCCGCUGGCAACCAGCAACCCUAAGUUACGCUGGGAGUUCUUCGUUCCGCCAGAAGAGACUGAGAAGGAUUGCCGUGGAAACGUGUCAGUCCCGGUGUUGCCCCAGGCCACGCGGGGUGACCGCUGGUCUUGGGACCCGGAUGAGGAGCGAAAGCGUCAGGAAAGGUGGCAGCAAGAGCAGGAGCGCAUGCUGCAGGAGAAGUACCAGCGUGAGCAGGAGAAGCUGAAGGAGGAGUGGGAGAAAGCACAGAGGGAGGUGGCGGAGGAGGAGAAGAAGUACCACGAGGAGGAGCGUAGGAUACUGGAGGAAACUGUGGCGCCUCUAACUCCCCGCUCCUCAGCCCUGCCCUCCCCCAGCCGAGGCGAGGGCUCCUGUACCUCGGAGCCCCAGGACACCAUCGUCCGUUCGCUUGGUGACUGGGAACGCAAGCAGGAACUGCUGGAGAGGCACUCGAAGGGCAGCACAGAGAGUGUUGAAUGGAAACGAAGAGAAAACGACAGGACCAGUGACAUCAGCACCGCUGAUGACAGCAUGAAAACAGGCAGAAGCUCGGUGAGUCAGAGCAGCAGUCAGGCAGAGACACUCGGUCACAGUCUGCAGAACGGCCAAAAACUCCCUGCGAUGCCGACCAAAACUUCGACUCCAGUGAAGAAACAAGAAGAGCCUUCAGCAGACAGCAACAAGCCCAGCCGACCUGCAGGAGACAGGAGGAGUGGUCCCAUAGAUAAUAUGUGCCACAGCUCAUCAAAAAGCCCUGCAGCAUGUCCACCAUCUCCAGACACACUGCCUCCAACACCCAACAGGUCUGUCAGUGGGAAGAAACUGUGCUCCAGCUGUGGGCAGCCGUUAGGGAAGGGGGCCGCCAUGAUCAUAGAGACCCUCAGUCUUUACUUCCACAUUCACUGCUUUAAGUGCGGAGUGUGUAAAGGACAGUUAGGCGACACGACCACGGGGACAGACGUCCGGAUCAGAAACGGUCUCCUCAACUGCCACCAGUGCUACAUCCGCUCCCGCUCGGCCGGACAGCCAACCACGUUGUGACGCUCAACAGAAAAGCACAAGGUUCUUGGAAGAAACCCCAUCCCUGUUUUAACCCGAUAAUCUGCAAAUCAUGUCCUUCACAGCGUGUCGGGAUCUUUACAUCCUCUGCAGCUCAAUAACCAAUGAAGAUUCGUCAGGGGGGCCAAACAAGGGAUCUGGGGACAGUUAAACAUUUAAAAAAUAUAUAUAUUCUAUAUAUAUUCUUCAUGUUUAUGUCAUCUGAUAUGUGAGUGAAAUCUGGAUUUGAUUGGUCCGCGUACCACCACAGACUCGGUUUCAUCAUGCAGCAAGAGAGAGAGAGAGAGAGAGAGAGAGAGAGAGAAACUGUUCUGGGGUGGCAGCCAUGUUGAAAAGAAAAGAGUGAACACACACAAAAAGAAUAUGGUGUUCAAGUCUUUAAGGUGGUUAAGUAAAAUCAGGAUUUAUUUUCCUGUUGGAAAACAAUAGAAUAUUUGCCAUUCAAUUCCAUAUGAUGGAAAUGCAGUAUAUCACAUAGUUAAUAGAUUACUUUUAGAUCAUUUGAGAAAGGUUUUCUUAAUUUGGAUAAAAAUCCAAAAGCUGGAGAGAACUAAAUAUGUGGUCAGGCAGCUCAAGUUGGAUUUUGUUAUUUCUCUAAACAGAGUGGAUCUGAAAAAUAUUAAUAAUUGAAUUCACCUUUAAUUGGGUGCUAGAUUGAAACAAAAUGUAUACAAAAACUUAAUUUAGAAAGUGCAGUAAAGGUUACUACAAACCCAAGAUUUAGAUCCACAGACACAAUAUCUAAAGUAAGUCACCAUUUUCCCUACAGAACAAUGUAUCUUGUUCUGUGCUCCUGCAUAAAAUUAGCCUCUAAUAUAAACACAUAUUACAGAUGUAGUUUCAUCUUUAGGGCGAUAACACGACUUGUGAGCUGUUUUUGUGCUUUGGGUCACAGCAGGUUGCUCCUCGGCCAGUCUGUCCGCUUGGACAGUCAGGACUUCAAUGUGCCUUAGGAAAGCAAGGUGAUGCAAGAAAAAAACACACCAGCUGUAUGGUGUUUUCUUUCUCUUUUUCAUUUGUAUGGGUGUAGGGAGGGAUUCGGCCAAAUUUGAACCCUUAAAUUGCAGACAGACAGGCUGCAGCCCUCCUUUACAUCACGCUUUACUUCAGUACUGCUUAUUUUACAUAAACAACACCCUUAAUUUCAUAUUCCCCCCCUGUUAUUCCUCAGUGAUUUGCAGUGAUAAAAACCAGUGCAAAGGAAUACAUUUGUUGUCUAUUUGGAAAAAUAUAUACUGCAGGGCAAACCAUGGAUUUAAUUUUGAAUGUUUUAUUCUAGAGAGAUAUAGACUUCAGUAUGCUAUUAAUUGAGGUAAUUUUGAUAAUUGCUCAGUGGUAGGAUUCAUUAAUACAAUUACAAAACACAAAAAUCACCAGUUAAUGUUGCAUCUAGUUAAACAGCAAAGGUAAUAUGAACACUCAUACCAGCAGCAGUUGCACCUGUGCAAUAUUUGUUUGGAUGAAAACUAAAGAUCUGUGCCGCCAGCUGGACAUUUUAGGUCACUUGCUUCUGUUUUUAAAACUUGUAUGAGAGGAGCUCGGUUAUGUAUUGUGGAUGUAAAAAAAUAAAUGCACGUUUAAACCUAAAACCAAAUGAUUUGCUGUAUGAAAGCAAACUAGCAGCCUCCUCCUCCUGAAGUGCGUCCUAUAGCCAAGCUUCUCCUCCGGUUUUAUCUCUCUGAUCUACAGUAUUUUUAAGCUUCUGUUCUGGUUGUGUAUUUUAUUUUUUAUCCUCAUUUAGUUAUUGAAUAAAUCUCGGCUGAGUCUCUUAUAGCAGGAUCUUUGAGAUGGAGCUCUAUAUUCAGACAGUUUUCCUAACAGGAUAGUUGGGGAAUGAAACCUUUACGUCUGUUCUGUAUUUAUUGUAAUAUUCACCUGAACACUAUCUGAAAUAUAGAUUAAUUUGGUGUUUAAAUGCAAUGGCAUUUAUAGCAUACUGUAUGUUUAUAAAUAAAAUGUUAUAAAUUAAA